AGAGGACAGCGCAACGUCCAGAGGACAAGAGGCUUCUGGACCGGGACAGAGAGACGCACACGGUCCGCUCCAGUAACCCAUCUGCUGCAGUCAGAAGAUUCAGAUGUUUCUGUGGGUCCUCCUGCUGAGCGGCGCGUGCCUGCUGCAUCACACUGCUGCACGAAGAACAUACGCUGACAUGUUCCCUCACAAACACUCCGUUGCUCAGAAGUCUCCCUUCCCAGUCCCAGCAGUCCCUGGCUGGGAUCCUGACACCAAUCCAUGGGAUGAUUACCUCUAUCCUUCUCUGAACUCGAAGCCAAGGGAGCUCAUGCAUCACAGAGGAAAACCCAAAGUCCACCUGACCAGCGACAGUCCAGCUCUGAAUGGCUCAUCCAUAACCUUCACAGCUAAGCUGGAGUAUCCUCCGUGUCAGAAGGAAGACGCGAACGGGGACCUGGUCUGGGACGAGCGCUGUGAGGACGGUACGGAGCUGGAGGCUUCAGCCAAUGGACAGGCUCGAUCUGGAUAUGUGUACAACUGGACCUCCUGGUUGGACGACUACGGCUUUGGGAAGUGCCCAGAUGUGAAGAGAUGCAAUGUGUUCCCAGAUGGGAAGCCGUUCCCUCAGAGCAACGACUGGAGACGCAAGAGCUACGUCUACGUUUGGCACACGAUGGGCCAGUACUACGAGACGUGUGACGGCUCGUCCUCCAGCACCACCAUCAACACCACCAACAUUCCUGUGGGAGCAGAGAUCAUGGAGGUCAUGGUCUACAGGAAGCGCGAGCGCAGGCAGUACACCCCCCUCUCCACCGACAGUACCGUCUUCAUGGUCACAGAUAAGAUCCCUCUGGUGGUGGACAUCUCCCAGAAGUCUGUGGUCAACAAGUCUUCCAACAUCUUCUUCCGUGGUGAGGAUAUCGUCUUUCAGGUCCAGCUCCAUGACCCCAGCGGCUACUUGAAGACGGCCAUUUCCGUGGACUACAUAUGGGACUUCAGAGACGGCAACCAGCUGGUGACGCACCGCGACGUGACGACACACACCUACAACACGCUGGGGACCAUGAAUGUGAAGCUGGUGGUGGAGGCGGCGUUUCCUGCUGAGUGUCUACCUGCCUCGGCCACCCCAACGCCAAAACGCACCACACCUGACACAGCCCCGCCCACCACCCUUGUGGCAACCACAGAGCGGCAGACAGAACCAGGACCCCCCACCAGCAGCCCGCCUGUUACCACCUCCUCCACCGCUUCCAUGACAACCGGGUCACCCACCACGGAGCCUCCUCCUCCAUCUGCAACUACUGAGUCUGACCCCACCACCCCGCCCUGGCUCCGCUCCAGGCCCCUCAACAGUAACGAGUGUUUUCGCUACGUCUACGGGACCUUUGCUGGGAACAUAACCAUCGUUGAACCAAAGCAUCCACUGAACAGCUGGCCCAGCAGUCGCAUCGUGGAGGUGUUGGCGGCCAGAGAGACCAACUCGGAUGUCAGCUUCCGGGUGAAAUGUCUGGGCAGCAUCCCCACAUCAGCCUGCACCAUCGUGUCAGACGCCAGCUGCUCUCAGGUGCGCAGCAUCAUGUGUGAUGAAGUCCCGCCCUCACCGGAGUGCGAGGUACACCUGAAGAGGAGGUUUCUGGAACCUGGCACCUACUGUGUCAACAUCACUCUGGAGAACUCCAGCAGCAUGGCUCUGGCCAGCACCACCAUCACCAUCAGCAAGUCCCAGAACACACCUGAAGCUACAAGGCCUUCGACUGCAGGGGUGGUUGUGUCCACGAGCGCUGUGGUGGUGGCCGUCUUCGCUUUCAUCGCCUAUCUGGUCUACAAGCGUCAUAAAGUCUACAGGCCCAUCAGAAGAUCCCUGGUGGUGGACACCUGUGGUCAUGCUGCGCCUGCUGCUCACAUGGUCCGUCUGAGGGAGGUGCUGUUCCCCUCCAACGACGAGAGCCAUCAUCUGCUGACUGACAAAUGUAAUCUGUAAGAUUCCUCUAACCUGGAAUUCAGGAAGACCCGCCCCUCCUCUGGAAUCUAAAGGAAAAGCUGGUUCAGCCUGGAAUGCAUCUUUAAAUGGUACUAAUCCAAUUUUGUGUCCUAACCUAGUCCUUUAGGAAUGAUGAUAGGCAUCAUCUGGGGAUGAUUUAAUAUAGAUUGUAAAGACUUUAACUGAUCUAAUCAUGUUUUUGUUAAACAAAUGUUUUAGAUAACUUUACUGAUCAGCAGAACUCUUCUGUGGUCGUCUUCUCAUCCAAGUGAAUUCAGAGGAAUUUUAAAUCUCGCGCUGCAAUAAAAACUGAACAAAAUUGUAUUCAGGCUGCAUUAAACUAUUUUAUUGAAAAUGA